ACUGGUUUGACUCCACUUAUGGAAGCAGCGAAUGGUGGUUAUGUCGAAGUGGGCGAACUUCUGCUAGAUGCGUGUGCGGAUCCAAAUACCGCUCCUGUACCAUCCAGUCGCGACACUGCCCUAACAAUCGCUGCUGACAAAGGUCAUGAGCGAUUUGUUGACAUGCUCGUGCAUCGUGGUGCACACAUCGAUGCAAGAAACAAAAAGGUUGUGGAGCACAUGGUUCAGCAUGUAAGGCAGUUUCCUGGAGAUCAAGAACUAUCUCGAUAUCUAACUACUAUAACUGAGCCGGACCUCAUGCAGAACUGUAAAGAAUGCAUGGAACUCAUCGUUAAAGCAAAGAACGCUCAAGCGGAGGAAGCCAAUAGAGCUGCGGAAAGUCUUUUAGCGUUGCUGGCUGAAGAG